AUGUUCAAGUCGCGGUUGUCCUCAUCCGAGGCGGACGAGCCGGAGGUGGAGGAGGGCGAGGACGGAGCGGAGGACAAGGCAUCGGGGUCGAUGUCGCCGUCCGAGUCCGAGUCCUCGUCUUCGUCGUCCACCCCGAAGGGCGCGUCGCCCCACGCCCCGCCCCGCCGCCAUUGCUCGGGGGACACGCCUUGGGUCCCGUGCGGCAGCAGCCACGUACCCGGCGGCGAGCCGGGCCUCCACUUGCCGCGGUCCCCGUUGCGCUCCAGGGCCCUCGCACCUUUGUUAAUAUUAGUGAAACAGAUCAUGUGGUUUAGAUGCAGACCCUGUCGGAGGUGUUUGUAUGGAGGAGCAGUGGGAGUUGCCCCCCUGCCCCGGCUAGGGGCUGUGGCACAUUGUAAUCCAAUAUUAACUUGUAAUUUAGGAAUCAAUUUGUUUUUCACG